AAAUGAAAGGGAGAGAUACGAAGGAUGAUAGGAUGUACACAAGUGGUAGAAGUACAAAGCAAUAAAUAGUCGCUCAUGUACAACGGUUGGGCUAUUAAAUUGGCGCACUUUGAUUUGUCUUAGUCUUUUGCCCAAAAACACAGAGCCUACCUUACAAUCUAUUCAAAUUUUCCAAACUUGCGAGUUUUAACGAAACACAAACAUGAUGAAGAAUACCUUUUCCCUUCGCAAAUUCAUCCAUUCUUCCAGACACAUCUCUCUUCCAUUAAAGCUUUUGAAGCUUGAAAGUCAACAUUUCUACACCUCUCAGGCAGCUUCACCAGCUUACAGCCAAGUUUGUAGUGAUGACGAAUAUGCAGAUAUUGACUGGGACUCUAUUGGAUUUGGCCUCACACCCACUGAUUACAUGUAUGUGACGAAAACUAGUCAGCAGGAUGAUGGGUUUACUGAAGGACAACUUAAACAAUAUGGAAAUAUUGAAUUGAGCCCUUCUGCUGGGGUCUUGAAUUAUGGACAGGGCUUAUUUGAAGGAAUGAAGGCAAUUAGGAGAGAAGAUGGGCAAAUUGUCUUAUUUCGCCCUGAUGAAAACGCCCUCCGAAUGAAAGUAGGUGCUGAAAGAAUGUGCAUGCCUUCCCCUACGACCACUCAAUUCAUUGAUGCUGUGAAGCAAACUACUCUUGCAAACAAGCGCUGGAUACCUCCUCCUGGAAAGGGAUCCCUCUACAUGAGGCCUAUGCUCCUAGGAACUGGACCAAUCCUCGGGCUGGGUCCUGCUCCUGAAUACAUGUUUCUCGUCUAUGCUUCUCCAGUUCGCAACUAUUUCAAAGAAGGUAGUGCCCCAUUGAGUUUGUAUGUUGAACAAGAAUUUGAUCGUGCUUCUCGUGGUGGAACUGGUGGAAUAAAAACAAUCAGCAACUAUGGACCCGCUUUGAGACCACUAGUUAAGGCAAAAAGCAAAGGAUUCUCUGAUGUUCUAUACCUCGAUUCUGUGGAUGGGAAGUACGUUGAGGAAGUCUCCUCUUGUAACAUCUUUAUGGUAAAGGGAAACACAAUCUCAACUCCCCCCAUAAAAGGUACUAUACUCCCAGGUGUUACAAGAAAAAGCAUCAUUGAAAUAGCCCGCGAUCUUGGCUACAAUGUUGAGGAAAGGCCAGUCCCUGUCGAGGAAUUGCUUGAAGCUGAUGAAGUUUUCGGUACAGGAACCGCUGUGGGUGUUGCCCCUGUGGGCUGUAUAACACACAAUAGUCGAAGGGUAGAAUACAGGACAGGUGAUAAUUCGGUAUCGAAGAGAUUGUUGUCAACAUAUAUGGCAAUUCAAAAUGGUUUAUUGGAGGACAAGAAAGGUUGGAUAGUUGAACUUAGCUAGGGCUUUACAGUUUUAGAAAAUAUGUAUAAUUCGAUUGUUUUGAUUGCUCGGUUAAGUUGAUUCAUUUUAGAAGGAGUGUUUGCAAAUUGUAAAACAUGCAAAAUGAUGCAUGUCAUUAUGUAAGUGAACUAAUGAUUAGUGUACUUAAUUAAAUCAUGUUGACGACGAAAUGCAAUUUAUUCUCAUAAAAAUUUGCAAUAAACGAGUGUUCUAGUA